AUCUGGGGUCAGAAUUGCAAAUGGUGCUCAACUACUCUGUUCUCAACUCUGCGAAGGCACCGCGGUAACGAUAUUUUUGACUUGAUACUGUGAUGUUUACGGCAUUAUUAUCAGUAUUUCUGUAUUUAUAGUGCACGGUCUACUUUUCCAAUUCACUUUGAAACAACAUUUGAUAUUCUUCGUCAGUAUUUGUUUGUGAAUUGUUCAACUGAUAUGGAUAUACUUGAAAAUGAUUACAUCUUCCUCUUCCUAGCAUCGGUGUGUGAGUGAGACGGGAUUCAGUUACCUUGACAACCACCAAGAUCAAGUACAGCUAUAAAGAGAAUCCCACACUCUGUACAAAUUUUGCAAUCAACCUGAAAUAGAAACUCCUGAAUCAUGGACAAAUAUGAUAAAUUGGGAAAGAUCGGUGAGGGGUCGUAUGGAGUGGUGUUCAAAUGCAAACGAAAAGACACAAGACAAAUUGUAGCCAUCAAAAAAUUUGUUGAAUCUGAGGACGAUCCAUUAAUAAAGAAAAUAGCUCUUAGGGAAGUGAGAAUGUUAAAGCAAUUGAAACAUGAAAAUUUAGUGAACUUACUAGAAGUUUUCAGAAGGAAACGAAAGUUACACUUGGUGUUUGAAUACUGUGAACACACAGUAUUGAAUGAGCUAGAGACUCAUCCUAAUGGUGUGCCUGAGGAUAGUUACAGGAGGAUUAUUUUCCAGACUUUAAAAGCUGUAAAUUUUUGUCAUACACAUAAUUGUAUACAUAGAGAUGUAAAACCUGAGAAUAUCUUGCUGACGAAGGACGGCAUUGUGAAAUUGUGUGACUUUGGCUUUGCUCGUAUCCUCAAUCCUGGUGACGAGUAUACUGACUACGUAGCAACGAGAUGGUACAGAGCUCCGGAACUACUUGUUGGCGACACCCAGUAUGGACCGCCGGUCGAUGUCUGGGCAAUUGGGUGCGUGAUGGCUGAAUUGAGCAAUGGCCAGCCGCUAUGGCCUGGAAGGUCCGAUGUGGACCAGCUCUAUCUGAUCAAAAAGACACUAGGUGAUUUAAUACCAAGACAUAUUCAAAUAUUUAGUACCAACCAGUUCUUUCAAGGUCUACAAAUACCAGAACCCAAAACUCAGGAACCAUUGGAAAUGAAAUUUCCCAAGUUAUUAGAUUUUCUGAAGUCUUGUCUUGAGAUGGACCCAGCUAAUCGAAAGAAUUGUAAAGAAUUGAUGGACCUUGAUUUUUUUGAUGUUGUCCGAGAAGAGUUUGAUGGAAAGCGUGCACAGCACAGGAGUUCACAACGAAGUCUGCUGCAAUCUAAGCAAAGAGGAGAUCGGUCUAGACUUCCUAUUGUGCAACCUAAGAAAGUGAAGCCUCAUGUAAAAGAUUCUGAAUCUAAGUCCAAACUGUACUCUCAUCUGCCUCACAUCUCCAAUAAUUGACUCGCUGUGCAUCCUGUCCGUGUUAGUAAAGACACCCUUCAACUACAUCUCCGAGGCUUCUCGGUAGCAGAGGAUCCGCGUGGUGCUGCUGGAGCUGGUAACAUCCGUGGUGACGGUCGUGAGACUAAACUGAGCAUUAAAAGCGAUGCUCCUCGUUUACAGCAGCCUCCCUGUAUGUUACCGCGGGUCAAAAGCGGUGGCAACUGACCUAUACUAGUAAAAUUGGGGGACUUUAUUUUUAUGGUAGAACUGUGAAUAAAAAAUCCAUAUAUAUCUAAUAAUAAAUCAUAUAUAUGUUCAUUUUUGGACAUAUAGUUCAUAAAGCAAUGGUGAGUCAAAAUUUUCCUGAAGUCAGGAACAAUCAAUUAUCUUUUAUAUGAGGUGAGUUUCACAUUGUAAAACUCGCAUAAUCUUUUUAGUGUUCAUUAAGUAUCUCACUCACAGACUACCAACAACACUCCUAAAUUUUGUUUAACUUGAUAGAAAUGUUAUUUUAUAAAAUAUGAAAAUUUAACAGAGAACAAAUAUUGACACUUAUUCACAAAAUGAUGCGAACAUAAUACAGAAGUGUUUAGCAUUGAAAUAGAAUUAGGCUAUGUUCUCACAUGGCUGCUAACGGUUAGUAGUCUGUACGAGAAAAUCCCGAUCCGGAUACCAAAAAUAUGAUGAUCGAAUCACUGGCCAAUAAGAAACUGGAAAUUGUAAACGCGUAUGUGUGAUUGGUUGAUGAUAGAAACGCGUUCAACUUGCUAACCGAUAGCGCUGGCUAACCGUUAGUGGUAUACUGCUAACGGUUAGAUUAUCAAUUACAUUGCAUUUGAAUCUGUCGGUUUCAUUCGUACAGUAACCUAAAACAUAUGUACAUCUUUCAAGAUUUGAUCUGUUUUAGUGUUUCUGUUACAAGUUUCUUAACUCAUCAUUAGUGUUACUACCUAUCUGAGAAGCAAGUAUAUUUCCCUAUCUAAUAAACUGUAUAUUCUUUAAUUGUACAUUGUGAAAACCAACACUGUCUCUUUCCAAAAGCGGUCAGGAUGCCGUAAACAUAUUGUUAAAGUGAAUUCUAGAGAUGAGUUUAUUGCUGCGUAAGAUGUAUCUAUGUUUAAUAUUACCUGCCAUUAUUAUUCUUCAAUAGAGCCUUUGCUGUAUUUAUAAAUUUUAAAAACAUUUGUAAUUAGAUUUUGUAAACGUGUGACAAGACUGUUUCAACUACAGUGACUGCAAUUCAUUUAUCUGUUUUUUAUUCUUAUGUUAAAAUACUUCUUUGAAUGACAUUGAAAAAAAUAUUCCUUCCUUGUAGUCAUGUGACCUAAUAUUGAUGUCUUCAAUUAUAAUAAUAAAUAUAUAUAAAUAGUUAUAUCAGAUUUAUUAUUUUGCAGUUUUAUGAGCCAGUGUUGACCAUUUAGGUCAGUUUGUGUGUCAAACAUUCAAAUAUGGAAACAUUAGUGAAUUAGGUAUGCAGCAUGUUUAUAUUUUAAUGUAAUUUUUUCAGGAUUAAUGCUAUUGUCACAUGAGUACACAGGACAGCAAUAUUCAACCUGUCAAAUAUAUUGUACUAACUCUGUAUUUGAAUGUAUUGAAAGAUAAUUCUACAAUUAGUAGUAUUGUAAAUAUUGUAUAUUUUGCAUGUUAAAUAACAAGUAUUAGUCUUUUUAUUUAGAUAGAUUUUAAAAUUACUAUAUAGCUGUUUUGACAGAAAAAAAAAAUACCCAAAAAAAGAUACUUUAUGUAACAAAAUUGACUUGGAAUACUCUAUUGCCUUUAGUGGUGGAACCUUAUUUUUGUUUUCAUAAUCAACGAUGAUGAUUUUGAUUUGAUUGGAUUAUUAUGAUAAUCUGACAAAUUUAAUAAUAAAGAGUCUAGCCGCUCUCCUACAAAACGUCUGGUCAUCGUAGGAUACCAUAUCCCUUGAUAUUGUUAUCUUUUUACUGGAUGGUUGACGUAGCAUCUACAGCAGAAUUUAUUAAAAUACAGAUACCAUUUGGUUGAUAUGAAACCAUUUUUAUUUCUGAUUACUGGAUUUGUCUGUUUUUAAUUUAAUAUUAUUUUGGCUUAUUAUUUAGUAUUAAAAUAUGCAUGCUUAUCUGUUUCAUGUCAAUUAUAUCUUUAUAAAUUGGGAGUACAUUUUCACUGAGAGGGUUUACUUAAUGCUAUUAUGAUAAUGUAUUUUCAUAUCAACCACACACAAAAUUAACAUAGGUUACCAACAUGGUGUACUCAAUGCUAAAUACAUUGUUUAGCAUUCUAUUGCCAUAUUUCUCUGGAUGUGAUAUUAUGUCUUCAUUUCAUGUCAUUGAUGAUGUUGCUAUUCUGUGUUAUUGGCAGUGUCAUUAUUAUCAGCUGAUGUCAUAAUUUAAUGAAUUUAUUAGAGAUGUCAUAAUUUAAUGAAUUCCUUAGAGAUGUCAUCAUUUAAUUAAUUCAUUAAAGAUGUCAUAAUUUAAUGAAUAAAUUAGUGAGGUCAAUGUCAUUAUUUUAUGAAUUCAUUAGUGAUGUCAUCAUUGCAUGACUUCAUUAGUGAUGUCAUCAUUUUGUGAAUUCAUUGCUGUCAUCAUUUAAUGAAUUCAUUAGGUAUGUCAUCAUUUCAUGAAUUCAUUAGUCAUGUCAUUAUUUCAUUAAUUCAUUAGUCAUGUCAUCAUUUCAUGUCGUUGAUAUUGUGUGUUAUUGACAAUGUCGUUAUCAGCUGAUGUAUUCUCAUUGAUGAUGUCGCUAUUCAAUGUCAUUAUUAUCAUUGCUGAUAAUUUAUGUAUUCAUUAUUGAUGUCAUCAUAUAAUGAAUUCAUUAUUAAUGUCAUUUAAUGUAUUCAUUAGUGGUGUCAUCUGUCAUUUUAUAACCAAUGAUGUCAUUUCAUGCCACAUUAAUUCAUUUCUAUCAACAUCAUCAAACCUAAGUGUUUGUCUUUGGAUUGCUUAUAGAAAUAUUAUUUAUUUAUAUUAAACUAUUUUAUUAUUUUAACAAUUUUGUUAAAUUCAAUGAUAGUAUGUAGCAAUUCCCAUGAUUUAUUUUGGAUCAUAAUUUGGAAAAUAAUCAAGUUGCAGUCUUGUUGGCAUAAUACAGAAUAAUGUAUUUUUUAAGAAUUUGUUAAUCAUCAUGAUUAACGAUUUUAUUGAAGUUAUUGUUUAUUGUUACUAUUAUAGUAUAUUAAUGUAUAUACAAUUUUUUCAGACAAGAAGCACAAGAAGAAAUUUAAUUAAAACAUAUUUGUGUAGGCCUAUUAUAUAUUCAUAUACAAUUUAUUUUGAUCAGGAAGCCUAUAUAGAAAGUUGAUCAAUAAUUAUAAUAAUAAUAUAAUAAUAAUCAACAAUUAAUCAAAUUUUGCAGAAUGAGAAUCAAAAGCAAUCCAGUAGACAUCAAUAAGCAAGUCUCCUUAUUAAUCAAAAUCUGUAUUAAUUUAGGUAUUAGCUUAUAAGCUAUUAAAAUAUUUUAUUCGGUUGAUCUAUUCAAAAAGCCAAAUUCCUUAUCUCUGUAUCAUCCUCUGUAUCCAUCUUCACAUUUUAUUUAUUAGCAGUACUUGUUCUUUUGUUUAUUUCUGUUGUGUAACCAUAGUAAUACCUUAGCAACAUGGCUAUAUCUAAUUUCUUUUGAGUUCCCCAUUAUAUGUCUUGCAUCAAUUUAAGACCAACUUCAAAUAUCAGCCUAAGUUCAUAUUUAGAAUAACAUUGUCUUUUUCAACUGAGCCAAAAAAUGAAAAAAAAAAAAGGAUUCCCAUCGAUGAAAAUUUAAAUAUCAAUACCUAUUGAAUUGAAAUUUAAACUACACAGUACAAUAAAAUUACUUGAAAGCUUGGUAAAAUAGAUCAACUUGUUUAAAAAUAAUAACAUGUUGGUAACCAAGCAACUGGAUCAGUUACACCAGUAAUGAACGUAAAACAUGGUAGCAUUUGUUAUAAAUGUCCAUUCAUAUUGUGAAUGUUCUUAAUUAAUUUAUAUCCUCAUAGACCUUUUUUUCUGAUUUAAAUACUUAGUUUCUGGAUUUUCCUAUCAAUAUGAUUUUUUUUUAUUAAUGUUUUUUAACUUGCUCAGACAUAUAUCAGUAUUUCUUAUUCAUAUUUGUUAUUACUUUUAUGUAUUGUUCUAUAACAAUUUUUAUUAAGGUAACAAUAUUUAAAUUGAAAUAAUAAUAAUAAUAAUAAUAAUAAUAAAAAUAAUAAAUACUUUGAUUAUUAUAAAUCUACACUUCUUAAUUAUAAUUAGAUCACUGCUUCUAUUAAAUAUAAACAUCCAUUCAUUGUAUUCAAGAGCAAUAGCUAGGUCAUCAGCUCAACUCUUGGUAUACGGCUUCACUUCAAAAGAGCAUUCACAAAAGCAGACAUCAGUGUAUUGAGCACGAACCAUGCGAUUCAUGACCUUACGGUUAAAAAUAGAAAGCAUAACACAGGUACACACAACCGAUACUAUAUUUAUGAAUGUUUAUUACAACAUGUACUCAUACUACCACACAAUUAUUAAUAUAUUUAGUUAUAAUUGUAACAACAAACAGUUUAUUAUUACUGAAUAUAGUAAUGUAUUCAGUAAUAAUAAUAAUUUUCACCUUCAUUUAUCAAUCUGCCGCAGAUUUAUAAUUGCGACAGGAAUUUUUAUUAUAUAUUCUAUAGGUAUAAUUUCUUAGUAAGUUUGUUUCAAUUAAUUUUUACUUGUUUCCAAUCAAGAAAGACUCACCAAAAUGCAACACCUUAAGUAUGUUCUUAACUGUUGUAUAUAUAAUUAUAUCAUAAAACCUAUGAAUUCUCUAUCAGUGUUGUGUUGCUGCUAUUCUUUUGAAUUACAUGUAUUGCUAGAUUGAAUAGUAUUUUGAGAAAUAUUAUAUUGUUAAUUAUACAUAACAUAAAAUAACGUCUCAUUAUACAGACAUUAUAUGAAAUGUAGAUGGGGAAUACUGUUUGUAGAUGGCAGUCUAACAACCAAGUCAUCUUACUUACUUUUCAACAACAUAUCUUCUCUGUUUCUCUGUGUGUAAAAUUGUGUAAAAUAUGACUAUAUAAAAUGUAGAUACAGCGUUAACUUAAUUACUUACAUUUUUUAGUUUAUUUAAUAUGCAUUUGGAUUUUUAGAUCUCUUGUUCAAGUUUGAUCAUAGAAAAGCAAGUUAGUUGUUUUAAGUUAUGUGGAAAGUCAUUUUUUUUAAUUCCAUUAUUUUUUAGACAAAAAGGGGAAUUGCUAUAAUUCUCGUAAACAGAAUGUUUCUUUUUUUGUUUGGAGGAAGGCGGUGGUUAUGCUAUUUAUUUGUAUGUAAAGCAACUUGAAUCAAAUUUUGUAUGUACAUACCAUAUUUUGUUAUGUUACAUCCAGUAAAUAAUGUGUAUCAUUUUGUGCAAACCUUGGGUUAUUACUGUUAUAAUAAGACUCUUAAAUACAUUUAAUAUAACAUUGUAAGAUAUGUAAUGAUAUGGCAAAAGAUACCCAUUAAGCAAUUGGUCAGUUUUUUUGGGAGGUGGGGUAGGGUUCUAACUCAGAAUGAGUUGAUUUUGUUUCCUUAUUUAUGUUAUAGAGGUUGAAAUGCAUGGCUAAAUUGUAGAAUUAUUAAAUGUUUUAACAGAAAAUUGAA